AUGGUACAAUUAUCUCUAUUCACCAACAACAACAAUAGCAACAAUACUAAUAUUAAUAACGACGAUACACAAUAUGAAUCAACCACUAUGAAUACAGAAGACAUUACUAUAAUACCGGACAAGACUGACAAGACUGACAAACUUAAUGGACUGGAAUCCCGAUCUCUGUCAAGAAACAGAACCCGAUCCAUAUCUUUCACCAGGUUUCUUUUCAACACCAACAAAGAACAUACUGAACAAUCACGAGGUCCUUCUAAUGAAACACUGGAUAAUUCUGUUAGUUCACCUGAACAAAACUCUGGAUUUAAUAAGUUGAAAAAAAUGUUUAAAACAAAUUCUUCUUUGACACCAGAUGAUGGGAAAAAUGGUGGUGGUGGUGGUGGAAGAGCAAGAUCAGCAUCAACACCAUUAACUCCACCGAAAAUAAAGAAAGAAACUACCGUGCCUAUUAUUACAACAACGGAAGUUUCUAAUAAGGAAGAAACUGCUACUACUACUACUACCACUACUACUACGGUAAAUUCACCACCUGAAAGUCCAGUUGUGCAAUCUAAUCCAUAUUUCCAAUAUCAAGGAGUACCAGCACAUACAAACACAUCCCAAAAUCCUCAAAUUGAAACUGCACCAGAUAGAUCAGACAUGUCAGUUGCCUUGAGACAUAAUGAUUCGGUUUUCUCAUUGAAUGAACAAGGAGUUUUGAAACCACCAAAAAUCCAUUAUAGUGAAUUAUCAUCAUCAAGUGAAGAUAAUUCUGAACCAAAUUCACCUCUUCCUAAAACCCCAAUGAGAGAAUUGGUUGAAAAAGAUGAAUUACAUUUAAAGCCUAUUGAAGAUGAACGAGAUUUGGCUGUACCUACAUCACCAUUUCAAAGAGCUUUAAGAAGAGUAGCAUCAGCUCCAUUAGUACAUCGUCUUUUAAAUGAAAAAUCAUCUGAUGAUAACAACAACAAUAACAGCAAUGGUGAUAAUAACAAUCUUGGUGGUCCAUUUAGUACUAGUACUUCAAUGCAAACAUCACCGAAAAAAGAUGAACCAUUUGAUAUCAAUAAACAUAUUGGAGAAGUUAAAAUUACUGGACGACCAAGAACUUAUACUCAAGAUAGAACAUAUUCAAAUGCUGCAACAAGAAUAGUUGAUGUACAAGUAGGUCCUAAUAGUUUUGAAAAAGUAAGAUUAUUAGGAAAAGGUGAUGUUGGUAAAGUUUUUUUAGUAAGAGAAAAACUGUCAAAUAAAUUAUAUGCCAUGAAAAUUUUAAAUAAAAAAGAAAUGAUUGAAAGAAAUAAAAUAAAACGAGCUUUAGCUGAACAAGAAAUUUUAGCAACAUCAAAUCAUCCAUUUAUUGUUACUUUAUAUCAUUCAUUUCAAUCAAAAGAUCAUUUAUAUCUUUGUAUGGAAUAUUGUAUGGGUGGAGAAUUUUUCCGAGCACUUCAAACUCGUGAUACUAAAACUAUUUGUGAAAUUGAUGCUAAAUUUUAUGCUGCUGAAGUUACAGCUGCAUUAGAAUAUUUACAUCUUAUGGGAUUUAUUUAUCGAGAUUUAAAACCAGAAAAUAUUCUACUUCAUCAAUCAGGUCAUAUUAUGUUGAGUGAUUUUGAUUUAUCAAAACAAAGUGAACGAGCUAAAAAUCCAGAAAUAUCAUUUUAUAAAUCAGGAGGUAUGCAUUUAUCAUCAGCUGGAAGUUUUAAUCAUAAUGGACCAGCAAUUGAUACUAAAGCAUGUAUAGAUGGAUUUCGAACCAAUUCAUUUGUUGGAACUGAAGAAUAUAUUGCUCCUGAAGUGAUUCGUGGUAAAGGUCAUACUAGUGCUGUUGAUUGGUGGACUCUUGGUAUAUUUCUUUAUGAAAUGUUAUAUGGUACUACUCCUUUUAAAGGUCAAGAUCGGAAAAAAACUUUUGCUAAUGUUUUGAAGAAAGAUGUGAAAUUUUUAGAUACUCAACUGAUAUCAUCAAAUUGUCGAAAUUUAAUUAAAAAAUUAUUAAUUAAAGAUGAAGAAAAAAGAUUAGGUUCUAAAACUGGAGCUUCAGAAAUAAAAAAUCAUGGAUUUUUUAAAGAUACUCAAUGGGCUUUAUUAAGACAUCAAAAACCUCCAAUGAUUCCUGUAUUAACUAAAUCUAAAUCCAAUAAUAAUAAUAAUAAUAAUAAAAAAUAUGAUAAAUCAUCAGUGGUAAUACAAGAAGCAACGGAAGAUAAUGAAAAAAUUUCUAUUGAUAUGACAUCGAAAACAAUUAAUAAUGAAGAUGAUCCAUUUUCUCAAUUUAGUUCUGUAACUUUAAGAUAUGGUGAAUUUGAAGAUUUAAAUCAAAGUCCAAUGUAUAAUCCAGAAAGUAAUGAUUAUACAAGUGUGGCUUAUACCAUGACUUCUAAUAAUGGAAAUUCUUUCCGACAAAAAAGUUUUUUAAAACGGUGA